AUGAGUUGUGGUGCACUGGUAAAAGUGUUUCACCCUAAACCAGAGGUUUCAGGUUCGAGCCUUGGGUAUGGAGAAAAUCAUGUUGGAAGCGCCACCCUCCGAAUGAGCCUUGCAGGACAGAGGGAGUACAAAAGUUUAGCGCCUCUUUCUCCUUCACCCGUUGCCUUCAAACCCAAGCUGCCAUGUCCAUGUAGCAACACAGAGUUUUAAGCUUUAAGCCAAAAUCGAAAAAUGAAGAAUGCCCAAAUACGCAAAUUCAAAUCAUUGAUUUCCUUAAAAGAAACAGAAGCAAAUUCCCUUUUAUGGCCGCCAAAAUUUUCUUCACUGUCAUCAUCUUUACAACAAUAUAUCAAUUCAGACACUCCUAUUUUCGGCCAAAAGAUUCAUUCAUACAUUUUGAAAACUGGGUAUCAACCCAAUACCAAUAUAAGUAUCAAAUUGUUAAUACUUUACUUAAAAAGUUCUUGUCUUUUUUAUGCCCGCCAAGUGUUUGAUGAAAUGCGUCAACCAACUCUCUCUGCUUAUAAUUACAUGAUUUCUGGGUAUGUGAAACAUGGGUUUGUUUUAGAAUGCUUUAAUAUGGUUAGAAAGUUGUGUCUUUGUGGUGAAACUCCAGAUAAGUUUACACUAUCAAUGAUUUUGAAGGGGUCUACUAUUAGCUAUGCAGAGUCGUAUUCUCUAGAUUUUGGAAAGCAGGUUCAUGCCCAGGUGAUUAAAUGUGAUGUUGAGGGUGAUGAUGUGCUUUAUACUGGGUUAGUUGAUUCGUAUGUGAAGAGUGGGAGGGUGGAUUAUGCGAGGAGAGUGUUUGAUUUGAUGUUGGAAAGGAGUGUUGUUUGCUCGACGUCGUUGAUAACAGGGUAUAUGAAUCAGGGUUAUAUUGAGGAUGCUGAAGAUGUGUUUAGUAAAACAAUGGAGAAAGAUGUUGUGGCGUUCAAUGCGAUGAUUGAAGGUUAUAGUAAACAGAUUGAAAAUGCUAAGAAGGCGAUUGAGGUUUAUAUUGACAUGCAGCGUUUCGGUUUUAGGCCUAAUAUUUCUACUUUUGCAAGUAUUAUUGGGGCUUGUUCUACUCUAGCAGCAUCUGAAAUUGGUCAACAGGUUCAAGGACAGCUGAUGAAGACUGAGUUAAUUGAGCUCGUUAAAAUUGCAAGUGCUUUAAUUGACAUGUAUUCUAAGUGUGGAUUGGUUGAGGAUGCAAGAAGAGUCUUUGACCACAUGCAUGAGAAGAAUGUCUUCUCUUGGACUUCCAUGAUUGAUGGAUACGGGAAAAACGGGUAUCCCGAUGAGGCACUUGAACUAUUUAGUAUAAUGCAAGAAGAUCAUCACAUUGUUCCAAAUUAUGUUACAUUUCUAAGUGCUCUCUCAGCUUGUGCGCAUUCCGGACUAGUUGUUAAAGGAAGAGAGAUUUUUGAAAGUAUGGAGAGAGAUUACUAUAUGAAGCCAAGGAUGGAGCAUUAUGCUUGCAUGGUUGAUCUCUUUGGACGCUCAGGGAGCUUAAAUCAGGCAUUAGAGUUUGUAAUUAAUAUGACUGAAAGUCCAGAUUCUGAUGUUUGGGCAGCUUUACUCAGUUCUUGUAGAGUGCAUGGAGAUGUGGAAUUGGCUAAUUUAGCUGCCAAUGAGCUUUUCAAGCUAAGUAGUGGUAGUCGUCCAGGGGCAUAUGUUGCACUAUCUAAUGCUCUUGCAGAUGCUGGUAGAUGGGAUGGUGUGAGUGAACUUAGGGAGAUUAUGAAGAUUAGAGGAAUAUCAAAGGGCACAGGCUUCAGUUGGGUUGGCAGUGAUGGUAGUUUGAAAGCUUUUUUUGCUGGACAACAGACAUAACUAAAGUUUAAGAUCUCCAGAGCCUGGUAGUAAAGAAAGGCAUCGUUGCCAAUCUGAAGCGACUUAACCAUGCCUGAACAGGAAGAUAGAGAAUUGACACGUGGCUAGUUGAAGUUACACAAAUGGAAUAUAUACCUCCUCAGGUGCAUGGUUUGGCUUUCUUCACCCUUGUACAAGGAUUCAAGUUCAUAUACUUGAGUUUGUUUCUAUCUCCUAAAAGGAUUCAAUCCUUUUAUUGUUCCUAUCUUUCAAAUUCAAGUCUCCCGCUAUCCACACUCGUGUCAGGGGUGAAGAGAAAUAAUUUAUUCAUAGUCAAAUCAUACAAGCAGAGUCUGCUAGUGAGAGAGGAUUCCACUUUCCCGCAUUUAUUGAUCAGGAUCCUCAAGGCACCAAGAAGGUAUGUUUCUUUGCAUGGUUGGCAGCUAGGGACGAGAUAUUGACAAUGGAUGAGCUAAUGCAGCAUGUUUGUUGUGGAUGUUCCUGAUUUUGUUUGGGUGUACAAUGUGUAAUGCUGUGCACAAUGGAAGAAGUGUUGCAUUACUAGUCCUUCAGAAUGAGGAAGAGAAGAAAUAGGAUAUGGAUGUUGAUCUGCUAGCUUUAUUGUGGGUAACAUGGAGGGAGAAUAAUUCGAGAGCAUUUAAAGGGGGUUGAAAUAGAUAUCUGUUUCUAGUUUUCUUUUGGUGCAGCCACAACGUCCCCUGUGUGUAUAGAUGAUUGAUAUCCUUUGUAGAGAAUCAUAUUUUUGUGUAGGUUCUCUACGUUUUACUAUACAACUUCUAUACGGGGUUUCUCCCCACACAUUAAUAAAUUUGUUUACCUUAUUGAAAAUAAAGUUGUAUUUGAGAUACUAUUUGGUACAGGUUGGACAAUCAGUAUUGCCAUGUGCGAGAAGUGAUUGUUAGAUGAAACUGGGCAAUAGUGAGACUACUGGAAACUCAAUCAGUCAGUUAUACC